GCAGCAGGGGGAGGCGGCGGCCUGGCCUGGCCUGGCCUGUCAGGGCGCGGGCGGCGGCGGUCCAGCACCAUGUCCCUGCAGUACGGGGCGGAGGAGACGCCCCUGGCCGGCAGUUACGGAGCAGCCGACUCGUUCCCCAAGGACUUCGGCUACGGCGUGGAAGAGGAGGAAGAGGAGGCAGCGGCGGGCGGCGGCGGGGGCGCGGGGGCCAGCGGUGGCUGUGGCCCGGGCGGCGCUGACAGCUCCAAGCCCAGGAUCCUACUCAUGGGGCUGCGGCGCAGCGGCAAGUCCUCCAUCCAGAAGGUGGUGUUUCAUAAGAUGUCACCAAAUGAGACUCUCUUUUUGGAAAGUACAAACAAGAUUUAUAAAGAUGACAUUUCCAAUAGCUCCUUUGUGAACUUCCAGAUUUGGGAUUUUCCUGGACAGAUGGACUUCUUUGACCCAACCUUUGACUACGAAAUGAUCUUCAGGGGGACAGGAGCAUUAAUAUAUGUCAUUGAUGCGCAGGAUGACUACAUGGAGGCUUUAACACGACUUCACAUUACUGUUUCUAAAGCCUACAAAGUUAACCCAGACAUGAAUUUUGAGGUUUUUAUUCACAAAGUUGAUGGUCUGUCUGAUGAUCACAAAAUAGAAACACAGAGGGACAUUCAUCAAAGGGCCAAUGAUGACCUUGCAGAUGCUGGGCUAGAAAAGCUCCAUCUUAGCUUUUAUUUGACUAGCAUCUAUGACCAUUCAAUAUUUGAAGCCUUCAGUAAGGUGGUACAGAAACUCAUUCCACAGCUGCCAACUUUGGAAAACCUAUUAAAUAUUUUUAUAUCAAAUUCAGGUAUUGAAAAAGCUUUUCUCUUUGAUGUUGUCAGCAAAAUCUACAUUGCAACAGACAGUUCUCCUGUGGAUAUGCAGUCUUACGAACUUUGCUGUGACAUGAUUGAUGUUGUAAUUGAUGUGUCUUGUAUAUAUGGAUUGAAGGAAGAUGGAAGUGGAAGUGCCUAUGACAAAGAAUCGAUGGCCAUUAUCAAGCUGAAUAACACAACUGUCCUUUAUUUAAAGGAAGUCACUAAAUUUUUGGCACUGGUUUGCAUUCUUAGGGAAGAAAGCUUUGAACGAAAAGGUUUGAUAGACUACAACUUCCACUGUUUCCGAAAAGCUAUCCAUGAGGUGUUUGAGGUGGGUGUGACGUCUCACAGGAGUUGCAGUCACCAGACCAGUGCCCCGAGCCUGAAAGCAUUGGCACACAAUGGCACGCCGCGGAAUGCCAUCUAGUCUGAAUCUCAGCGAUCAAGGCCCAGUGCCAGCCCACUCCUCCCUCCAGAGUCGGAUGCCAUGUGCUACAGGACACGGGAGCUGCUGCCUAUGGGAGUCUAGAGACGGUGGUGGAGUUUCUCGUUUAGAUGAAAGGCCUUCAGCCUGUGCACCUGAAACUACUAUCUCUUUAAAAUACGGCACAAAAGAAUUACAGAGACCUCAGAACUCAGUGUGUCUUUCUCCUCUUUGGGUCCAACCUUAAAUAGUUGGAAUAAUUUGGACCUGGAGAUGAUACCAGUUAUCCAUCUUUACCAGUGAAUGUUGCUGUCAGUUCCAGCCUAAAACUAUAGGAAAACUGAGUUUUGUAUGCUUCCCUUAGGCUCUCACUUGAGUAGUGGCUAAAGACCUUGCUUUGCUUACGUUCUAACACUGCCUCUCAGAGCUCAGGUCUCACUGUACCUCGCAGCCUGUGGAAAUGCAUUAACUUGCUGCCUUGGAAGAUGCUGCAAAGGGUGUUUCUGUGUUUGUCCUGAAGGAGAGAAGAGAGGUGUCUGUGCAGCAUCGGGGAGAGCCAGGCUCAACAAGGGCUGCAUCAGUUCCCUGGAUGUGUCGAGGAAAAAACUGAAACAAGAGGAUUUCCACACCCGUGUUUUGGUGGCAGACGGAUGUGCUCUCUUUGUUUGGUCGGGGUCAUGCACAGUGUAACAAAGGGAAUUUAGGACAGAAGGGUUUUCCCCACAGUCCCCGCAGAGAGGGGCAAACUCAUUAUGUCACUGAAGUGCUUAACUCACUUUUCUUUAAUUUUGAUGCCCUGUCUUUUAUUCUGUGCUCUGUAGGCUCUUUAAGAAUUGUUUUUGACGCAGGUGGCCUUGAGGCUCGGGUGGACUGUCCACUGUGGCUUGGAGGAAGCAUGCAGUGGGCAGUGUGUGUUACUCUACAUCCCUGUCUCCGGAGUCCUGACACUAAGUGUCAGCUGAGGGACUUUCCUUUGCCUGGAAUAUGAAUUCAUAAUUCUUUCUCCUGUUCAUGGCUGAUACCCUUCCCAUUGAUUUAGACUUCCACAUUGUCUUUGCUGCAGAUGCCCAGUAGCCACAGUCCAGGACCGCUGGGCCACAUGAGUGCAUCAGUGCCGCUGCUGAGUGACGCUCAGGUCUGUACCUAGGCAGUGAGACUGGGAGCGCUUCCUGCAGGUGGCUGACUGUUGAGUAUUUACAUGGACCAUGGUGAUAUCCAAAGGAAAAAUGCUUUUAUAUUUAUAGAUUAUUUCAUUGAACUAUAUGUAAAAUGGGUAUCAAUAAAUGUAUUUACUCCAAAAACA